CUUGGAAAAAUAACACAGCCCAACCAUCUCACUCGAAUUUACCCCAACAUUGAUUACCCAUCGCAUAAGACAAGUCAACAGCACAAUGCCGCAGCACCUUGCUAUCAUCGGUGCAGGUCCAUCAGGCCUCACGCUUGCAGCCAUUUUGCAGAAAUAUUCCGUUCCUUUCACCAUCUUCGAGCGUGAAACAUCCUCCAGCUCGCGAUUCCAGGGCGGAUCAUUGGAUCUCCACCCGGACUCCGGCCAGCUUGCCCUCCGCGAGGCGGGUCUUUGGGAAGACUUCCAGCAGUAUGCUCGCUACCACGACCAAGACUACCGCUUCGGAGACAAGACCGCAGCAACAUGGUUAUUCCACCAGGCGCCCGCGAACGCCGACGGUCGUCCAGAGAUUGACCGGUCGAUGCUGCGCAAGAUCUUAAUCGAUUCUCUCGACCCCAGGAACAUCCGCUGGGGCUAUUCGGUGUCGGAGAUCACCCCGCAGAGUAAUGGGCAGAUCCAGCUGACUUUCCAAGACGGCCAGGACAGUGUCCUGACAGACCUCGUCGUCGGCGCCGACGGGACACGGUCGAAAGUCCGCCCGUUGCUGACCUCCAUGCAACCGGCCUACACUGGGUUGACGGUGAUUGACUGCCGCAUUUCCAACCUCGAUGAACAGUUCCCUCACCUGGCGGAUUUCGUGGGUCGUGGGACAUUCUUCUGUCUGUCCGAGGGCAGCGGCAUUUUCAUGCAGCGCAACGGGGACGGGAGCUUGCGCGUCUACCCCUGUCUGCGCGUGGAGGAGAAAUGGGCCUGGAGUGAUCCCUCCUUCGACUGGUGGGAUUGCGCAAAGAUGACCGGGUUCCUGAUUGAUACCUUCUUCUCGACCUGGGAUCCGCGGUUGAAGGAAGUGAUCCGUAGUGUGGAUCCGGUUCUGACCCCCCGGGCACAGUACCGUAUGCCUCCGGGGCUACGGUAUCCGCAUCGGAAGGGUUUCACGUUGAUUGAAGAUGCUUUGCAUGUUAUGUCAUGGUUUGCGGGCGAGGGGGCCAAUUUGGCGAUGCUGGAUGCGUUGGAUAUCGCCCGGGCGAUCGUUGCGAAUCCGGGUGAUCUGGAUCAGGCGGUGCGUGACUACGAGGUCAAGGUCGUGGCUUCGUGCAGGGCUGAUGUCACGAAUGAGAUGUCGCAAGACCUUCUUGUGAAGGCCAUGGCGGAUGAUUCGCCGAGAGCGUAUGUCGAGGCGAUGGCGAAGGCGAUGGAUGUUUGGUUUGCUGCUGGAAAGCUGUUGGCACGAGGUGAAACAAAAGCUUUGUAGGGAGAUACAACGUAUCCACGGGUCUUGUAGUAGAG